AUGAGCAACUCGAAAUCUAAACGAACCCAUUCUUUUGGCGGGUGCAAGACUUGUCGAAAACGUCAUCUCAAAUGUGACCAGUCUGUACCGAAAUGCAACCGAUGUCGGCUUGCUGGACUUGCCUGCGAGGGCUUCACGCCUGCGUUGAGGUGGUUGAUAUCUACUGGGAAAGAGGUUUAUGAUAGACAGCCUCCUCAACUGGCUGAAGCUGGAGGAGAGCAGUUUUCGAGACGGCAUUUAUACACUGAGAAGGGGAGAGAAUCUAUGAGUAGUGCACUGGUCAAUGAUGUCCCCUCCACCAUAGCAGCAGCCCUCAGUGAAAUCGACGAAGAGUCCAAAUCUAUCGAAAUUGAGGAUCAUGCAUCAAGCACCUACGAAGUAGGCCCCUUCCGGGUCUUCAAGUUCGAAUCAGAACCCUGCCAUUCUGUCGGAACCGCCAUUUCCGACCCCGUGUCAUUCGGCGGCAUGGACAUUGAUGACAUCAGUGAAGGAUAUUCGGAAUCUGUCAUCUUUGACCCCACGAGACCGGAAAUCUCAACAGAUUUUUCUUCGACCUCGCAUGAUUUUUUGCAGUGGGGAGACUUGUUCACUUGGGACGUGAGCAUUCUCGAUAACCCCCCUUUUCCGAUGGAUCCGCAAGAUGGCUUGGGUGCUCUGCCAAUGAACCUCAACUGGCCGACUGAACCUACUGUCAACUUUUCAGAAACGCUUGAUCCGAUGCUUUCAGUUGACACGACUCCCGACGAUGUGGCAUGGCCCCAGAUUGAUCUCGUUGGAGAUGCAGCACUCCUAUUACGACAUUUUAACGACGACGUCAUUAGCCAAAUGGGAUCCCUCCCCAUCAACGAAAAGUCCGCCUGGAGGACACUUCACUAUCCCGCCGCAAUCAUGACACUGAGUCAACUCACGGUACUCGACGCAGACAAGGACCAGAUAAAGCACGCCAGCCUAGCCAUCUUUUAUGCGCUGGUCGCCGUCUCAUCAUUUCACCUCUCACUGAACUCUGCAACGUUUCCGGCUCUCGCAAGACCUGGAGAUCAUUGGAAGUCUGUUUCGAGUCGGACGUAUGAGGCUGCAAAGCAUCAUCUUAGACUUAGUCUCGAGAAGGAGUGUCAGCCGCCGAACAAGGCCAAGUACAAGGAGCAGUUGAUGGGCAUCAGCGCCGUCUUGGCAACCUCUCUUCUUUCUGGUAACCAAGACGACACGAGAUGGUGCCUCACAGAAAUGGAGCGUCUAAUAAGCUGGCGAGGACUCACCAAACCAUCCAUAUCCCGUCGCGCACGUAUUCUACACAACAUCUAUGCCUGGAUGCGCAUCGUCUCAGAAAGCACAUACGUAUUUCGCGAUGAGAACCACGCCAUAGAAGCCCCCUUUUCACGCUCAAACACGGCAAAACGACAGACCGUGCAAUCCAUUAACCCCGACAUCACCCCUGACAACUUUCUUCACCUUGAGCCGCGAAAGCUACACUCUAGUCAUGGACAGAAAGAGUCAAGACGAGACAUCAAGGCUAUUCAUCUAGCGGAUACAUCGCAAGACCAUGAAAACAUGUAUAUGCAGAUAUACGGUGUUCCAGAGACAUGGCUAAGCCUUGUGUCACAAAUAACGCGUCUCGCAAACGUCAUGGACCGCCUCUCGACUAGAAAAAAGUCGGACGCCGAAGUACUAGUCUCGUUACAACCCAGAGCAUCAUAUCUGGAAAAUGCUGUCUGUCUGUUCAAGUCUCGUCACGAAGCAGAGACGGAUUCAACUGCGAGCUUGAGUCCUGUUCCUGGUGGCACACCACACAUGCACAUGGUCCGCGCCUUGGGUUCUGCACUCGUCAUUUUCUUCUACCGAAGGAUACGAAAUGUGAACCCUCUGGUUCUUCAAGAUAGUGUCAACGAUGUGAUAGAAUUUCUGCACUCCUUCGAUGACGCGCUGGAACAGCACGGUCUUCUCGGACCUGGGACAGCAUGGCCUGCGUUCAUCGCAGGGGCAGAGGCCAUGUCUGUUCGACAGCGACAUCACAUCUCAGCCUGGCUAGACAGGGGCUUCUCAAAGUCUGGGUUUGAGAGCUAUCGAGUUACAAAGGAGGUUCUGGUCGAAGUUUGGAGGAGGAGGGAUGAGGCAGAGGGCAGUGGUGAUUGUUCUACGUGGAUGGAUGUGUGUAGAGAUAUGCGAUGUUGGCCAUUAGUGAGUUGA